GAAGCCACCUCCUGAUGUUUGGGCUGGAAGCUGCAUGGAAGCAGAGGGGGGAUCACGGACAGGGAUGAAACUGAUAGGAUUUUUAUGAAAAGAGUGGAGGACGCCGUGAGUACACCUGAGCUAUGGCACUGCUAUGCUAUAACAAGGGCUGUGGGCAGAGGUUUGAUCCUGAGCACAAUACUAAGGAUUCCUGUCAGUAUCACCCAGGCGUCCCUAUCUUCCAUGAUGCCCUGAAGGGGUGGUCUUGUUGCAAGAAGCGCACAACAGACUUUUCUGAGUUCCUCUCCAUAAAGGGAUGCACAAAGGGGUUUCACUGCAAGGAGAAGCCCCCUGAGCCUUUCAGCCAAGAGGAGACCUCAAACAAGUCAAAGGCCAAAACAGCAGAGGAGCUGAUCAUCCAAGGACCAAAAUCAGCUGAGAAGAUGCUUCGGGAAAGACCCAGCUCUGAUGAGCCAAGAGUACUGCUGCCAAUUAAAGUGUCCAGGUCUCUGGAGCAGGCACUGGAGAAACUGAAUCUGUCUUCCAAGGAUGAGGGACGUGAAGGCAGUUGCACAGGUGACAUGGCUGCCCAGGUGAGAGCUGGCACAACCUGCAAGAAUGCAGCCUGCAAGGCAGUUUACCAGGGCCCAGAAAGCAACACAGAGUUUUGUACUUUCCAUCCUGGCGUUCCUGUCUUCCAUGAAGGGAUGAAGUACUGGAGCUGCUGCAGAGUCAAAACAACAGACUUCACUGCCUUCCUGGAGCAACCGGGCUGCAAGAGGGGGCAGCACUGCUGGAUUGGGAAGGAGGACAAGAAGGCAGUGUCGUGCCGGCACGACUGGCACCAAACCAGCAGCCAGGUGGUGGUGACAGUCUAUGCCAAGAACCCUCUGCCCCUCCUCAGCAGCGUGAAAGCCAACCGCACCAUGCUUGAGGUUUGUGUCACCUUUGAGGGGAAUAAGAUUUUCCAGGCAGAACUGGAUCUCUGGGGGGUCAUAGAAAUAGAGAAGAGCUUUGUGAACAUGGUCCCUACCAAGGUGGAGAUCACACUCUACAAAGCCAGCCCUGGCUCCUGGGCCAUGCUGGAGCUCCCCCAAAGCAGGUUGAACCGCUGUGGUGAGCAGGAGAAAGAGGCUGCCAAUGCAGAGGAGCUCGGGGCAGAGUCUGGGGAAGACUCUGAUGAUAGCUUGAGCUGGUCGGAGGAAGAAGAUGAACUGAACCCGGGAACACCACUGACAGCAACUGACAGUCAAGUACUUAAGGAGCUGAGCAGUGAAGGCUCCUGAGCUAGUGGGGAGCUUUGGUAUCAGCUCCGGCGGAGCAAAGCCAGCACAGAGUCGUGCAGGCUGGAGCACACCCUUCUCCGCCAGUGAGAAGUGGCAAGUAAUAAAAACCCAGAGCAAAGGUUAUACUCUGAA